AUGGCAGAGAGUUCUAGUCCAGCCGACAAGUCUGUUCAGGUCAAACUCGUCUUACUCGGUGAGGCUGCCGUCGGAAAGUCUUCAGUAGUCCUCAGAUUUGUCAACAACGAGUUCCAACCCAACAAGGAGCCUACCAUUGGUGCUGCAUUCUUAACCCAGAAAUGUCGCUUGGAGGAUCGUAUUCUCAGAUAUGAGAUUUGGGACACUGCUGGUCAGGAGCGCUUCCAUUCACUCGCGCCGAUGUACUAUCGCAACGCCCAGGCCGCUGUCGUAGUCUAUGAUGUUACUAAGGCCAGUAGUCUGGAAAAGGCCAAGUCAUGGGUGAAGGAACUCCAGCGUCAGGCCAACCCCAAUAUCGUCAUCGCCCUCGCCGGAAACAAGGUCGAUCUCGUCCAGCCUUCGUCAUCUUCCUCGGGUACCGGUGCUUCCUCAGAAUCAGAGGACGAGGCGGAUGAUGCUACCGCGACGGGUGGAGAAGCUCCUGCUUCGUCCGCCGAGCCUGAAAGCUUGAGACAGGUCCCCCGAGAGGAGGCUCAGGCAUACGCACAGGAAGCAGGCCUCCUCUUCUUCGAAACCUCUGCGAAGACAGGCGAAGGAAUUGUGGAAAUCUUCACUGAGAUUGCCAAGAAAAUUCCCAUCGAGCAUAUCCUAGCCUCUUCUAGAGGCAACGCAGGACGACCAGGUGUGAACGGAGCCCGUGCGGAAGGUUCACAAUCCCAGAACGUCAAUCUGGACCAGAAUGCAGCGAAACCCAAGGAUGCUUGCAACUGCUGA